AUGCCUCCCCCAGGGGCGGGGCCGCGGGGGGGGGGGGGGGGGGGGGCAGAGUUAGGCCUCGGCGGCGGCAGCGGGCCGGGAGACGUCCGGGGAGAGGCAGUCACGUCGCCCGAGAGGGCCGAGAACGCCGGGCCGCGGCAGAGCUUUUCCGGGGCUUCGUCUUCCCUACCUCGCGAGAAGUCGCACUGGGAGCUCGGUUCGGACGCGGAGUUGUUGCCUGGCAACAUGACGCCGACGAAUGCCUCGCCGAUGAGAGAUAAUGGUGACACCAAGGACCUCAGCGGGAGCGCCGGCGCCAGCAGUCUGAGCGGCACGGGCAAUAAAGAUCUUAGCCGGUUCGGGCGAGCGAGGAAGGCGGUCAAGAAACGCACGAAGGAGAUGGAUGCGGGAGCGGCGCACUUGAGGUCCAUGCUCUCUGGCCAUCUUGGACCAGAUUUCGAGCAGGUGAUCUCGCUGCGGCGGAUGCAGAUGAGGGUCAAGAUAUUUCUCCGGAGAUCACUCCUGGACGUCUACGACCACGAGGAAGGGGAGUCGGCCGCCGAAAACACAGGGAUUGGAAAGGUGGUGGCGAACAAGGGCGGGCUGGUGUGCAAGCUAAGGCUCAGGGGCACUACGCUGUGCUUCGUCAGCUGCCACUUGCAGGCGCACGAGGGGCAGAAUCACCUGGCGAGGCGCAACUCGUCUUGUGCGGAGAUCCUGCAGGGCGCGCGGCUGGGGGAUCGGCGGAUGGUAGACGUGGACAGCCAGUUCCACCACGUGUUCUGGCUCGGGGACAUGAAUUACAGGAUCAACCUGGGGCUUGGACUCCAACCGGAGGAGCAACACGCACGGGUGUCCGCCCUCGUCGAAGCAAGCGAUUGGCCCAGGCUAUGGGAGGCAGACGAGCUGCUGAAGGAGCUGAGGGCGGGGCGCCUGCUGGCGGGUUUCCAGGGCAUCCGAGGGGAGACGAGCGGCUAUAGCGCCAAGAGGAUCCCCAGCUACACCGACCGCAUCCUGUGGAAGUCGCUCCCGGGACACGCCGCAAACCUUGACCUGCUAAAGUUCACCAGCUUCCCUGAGAUCACGAGCAGCGACCACAAGCCGAUACACGCCGCCUUCGUCGUCAAGCUUACGCCCGAGGUUGGCGCGCCGCCUCUGCCUAACAAGAUGUUCGGCCGGCGCGCGAGGAUGCCGCUUGCGGUGCUUGACGUCCCGCGGAUGGCGCAGCACCCCCCGCCGCGGCUGCUGCUGGAAGACCUUGAGGUUUUCGAUCUGCAGGGGAUUGCGGGCGGCGGGGUCAGAAACCCGUACGUCGUCUUCUCCUCCGACCCUAAGCACCUCGUGAAGGCCUCUCCCGCUGGAAAACCGCCGAAAACGACGGUGAAAAAGAAGACCCUCAGGGCCAAGUGGAAUAGGUAUGCGUUCCAGCUGGCUAUCUCGGACCCGGUGCUCCUCCGGCAGUCACACGUGAGCUUGGUGGUGAUGGACAAGGAGAGAGGACGCAAGAGCAAGGGCGAGGUCAUCGGUGUGGCCAACCUGUCUCUCGCGGAGGUCCUCUGGAUCAACAACGGCCCACCGGCUUCCGCGAACGCCAGGAGCUCCAGCCCUUCUUCCGCCGCCGCGGCUGCCUCCGCCGCCGCCUCAUCUCGCCGAAGAUCGUCGCUGCCGCUCCGCCGCCGCUCCCUGUCGCCGGACCGCGCGCGCCACAGCAACGGCACCCGCGAGCGCUCCUCGUCGUUGGAAGGCCAUGGUCGCGGCGGCGGUGACGGCAGCAGCGGGGUUGGCGGCCAAGACAGUAAGAUAGGAGAGGCCGCCUCCGCGGGGGAGGAGACUUCGUCGUUGUCGUCCUCUCAGCAGCGGCGGGGAACCGGGAUGCCCCGUCACCGUUCCCACUCCUCGCUCCCGUGGGGCUUCUUCCGCCACCAGAACGGAGGCUUGUCCUACCGCGAGGACGGGGACAGCGGCCACAACACGGCAGCCGCCGCUGCUGCUUGCGGAGAUGGCGGCGGCGGCGGCGGCGGCCACCGAGAUCACCACCACCACCACCACCACCACCACCACCAUCGGCGCGCCAGCAGCGGCAGCGGUGGCGGGAGCGACAUGACGAGCGUCGGGUGCGAGGGCCAGGAUGUCGCCGGCACCUCGGCGGCAGCGCGAGCAGCAGCGGCACCGGGAGUGUCGCCGACAUCGACCACGGGGACCAGCUCUCGCGCGCUGGGCGGCUGCGAACCCUCCGCGGGAACAACGGCGGACUCGAAAGAAGGGUCGGCGUACGGAGGCGGAACCGGCGGCGGCGGCGGCGGUGGCUACAACCGCCGUAGCUCGUUCUUCCACAACCUCGCUGGCCACCACCUCCACCACCAAGACGAGCAAGACGGGCGGGCGGCGGCGGCGGCGGCGGCGGCGGCAGCAGCAGAACAGCGGUUGGGACCGAUGUUCGACAUCCCGCUGGUGAAGAGCGGCCUCCACCGCGGGCGAAUCAGCGGCCGGUGCACGCUGGUGCUCGGGUCUGGCACCGGCGUGAACCUCCUGCGACUAGGAAGCGUCCGAGCGCUGGGCCCGGGGGGAGUUGCGAGUGUUGGAGGUGUUGGCGUCGCCGGGCUGAGCGACGGCGACGGCAGCAGCGGCGGGGCGGCGGCGAAACUGCGGGACCGCGCUAGCGAGGGGGGGGAGAAUAUGGGGAACAAGGCGCCGCCGGGGCUGGCUGCCAAGAGUGUAUCGGACCGGGUGUUCAGCAAGUCGCGUCGCUUGCGCAGCGACAGCGGGGGCGGCGGCCGGGACUCCGCCCCCGCUGGUUGUGUCUGUAUGUAG